CGACCCCUGGCAUGAAGCCCUGGCGCCCUGUAACAAGCGCCUGAUCUCUCUACCAAGUCAAGUUGAGUCUGUCCCGCCCUCUUCUACCGGGCUCUGAGCUUUCCGGCUAUGUGGGCACCAGUCUAAAGCAAGACAAGCAAGGCAAGGCCCAAGGCAAGCAACUGGCAACUUCGCACAGGAAGGUGGGCCUUGCAUUCUUGUGUCACGUCAAGAACAGCUCGGGCGCCACAGGAGGCGCAGGUUUGAUUGGCAGCAAUGGCUGGCUUCCAAGGUCAAGCCCAGGGUGGGAUGACGGGGGAGGGGCGAGUUGGGAGGUGGCUAACACAGGCAGGGAUGGGCAAGUAUUGCGAGCAAUUCGCGGGGCUGAGCGAAGUGGUGUUUCGGGGGUUGCUGAUGCAGGACUACGGCAGAUACGGCGUCACGAGCCUGGAGGACAAGCAGAGAUUGUUCCGGCUGCUCAAGACAGUCAAUGCCGGGGGGGAGCCGGAUGCUGAGCCCGCAACCCCCCCAAAGCUCUCGCGGCCGAACCAGCAAGCGGCGGGCGGCAUCGAGAGUUUCCUCUCUCCCGAGCUGAGAGCGGACCAUGGAAUAUUGGACAUUCAUGCGAUGGACGAUAGUGAUCUGUUCCAUGACGUCUCUGGCACCCCGCCCCUCUCGGACCCCUUUUACAAGAGCCCCUCCCCACCUCUCGCGUUUGAAUACCAGUCCCGAGCUUACGCCAACGGCUCGGACGAAGAGCAGUUUCCCGUCAACAGCAUACCGCUCCCACCCUCUGGGCGGCAGUCAAGCCAUCGGCCGUCGAGAGAGGCAAACAGCAACGGGUCUGCGAGUGCCCGGAACGCGCUCUUCCGGGCCCAGGCAAACAACAGCAGCGAUGACGACUACGGCAGCGCGCGGCAAGCGGGAAGCAAGCGCAGCAGCGGCGCAGACGACGAGUUCGAGUACAGCGGCUCUCAGCAGCGGGGGGGCAUCCUGCCGUCCCCCAGGCGCCCCAGCACCCCGGGGGGGGCAGAGACCUCGCGCCCGGGGAGUGGGAACGGUCCCCCCGCUGGAGUUGCGAGGAUCCGUGUAGUUGUCAGAAAGCGGCCAAUCAACAAGAAGGAGUUGGCGCGGAAAGAGGAGGAUGUCGUGUGGAUUGACGAGGCGGGGACUGCACUGCAGGUCCACGAGCCAAGGCAGAAGGUGGACCUGACUGCCUAUGUGGAGAAGCACGAGUUCAUGUUCGACGCUGUGUUGAAUGACCAGGUCACCAAUGACGAGGUGUACCGUUUGACUGUUGAGCCGCUGGUCCAAACAAUCUUCAACAAGGGCCGGGCCACGUGCUUCGCGUAUGGGCAGACAGGGAGUGGCAAGACGUACACGAUGCAGCCGUUGCCGAUGCGCGCGACUGCGGACAUCUUCCAGCUGAUGGGCGCCCCCCAGCACCACGACCUGCAACUGUGGCUCAGCUACUUCGAGAUCUACGGCGGGAAGGUGUACGACCUGCUCAACGACCGGCGCAAGCUCUGCAUGCGCGAGGACGGCCGCCAGCAGGUGUGCAUUGUCGGUCUGAAGGAGCAUAAAGUGGAGGCGGUGGGCGAUGUGCGCGACUUUCUGGAGCGCGGCAAUAGCACCCGCAGCACGGGCGUGACGGGUGCCAACGAGGAGUCGUCGCGCUCGCACGCCAUCUUGCAGCUCGCGCUCAAGAAGCACAAGGACGGGGACUUCUCGCGGGGCGGCAAGCUCGUCGGCAAGUUCUCGUUCAUCGACCUGGCUGGAAGCGAGCGUGGCGCCGACACGUAUGACAACGACAAGCAAACGCGGCUGGAGGGGGCGGAGAUCAACAAGAGCCUGCUCGCACUCAAGGAGUGCAUCCGAGCGCUGGACCACGAGCAGGGGCAUAUCCCGUUUAGGGGUAGCAAACUCACGGAGGUUUUGCGCGACAGCUUCGUCGGCAACUCCCGCACCGUCAUGAUCGCCAACAUCUCCCCAAACGCUGGCUCCUGCGAACACACGCUCAACACCCUUCGCUACGCUGACCGCGUCAAGGGCCUCUCCCGAAACCAGCGCACCAGCAACGGGGGGGCCGCGCCCUCUCAGCCGCCCCCCACUUUUCUGAGCCCCACGGCCCCCCCUGCCGCGAACAAAACCGCUGAAGCGCAGUCGCUUGUUCCCCCCCUCCCGCCGAGACUGAACGCGCAGUACCAAAAGGAGAGGGGCGGGGGGGUGGAUUACCAGAGGGAACGGGGGGAGGGAAUGAGCACCGGGGGGGCGCCACCCCCCCGCCCGAGCGACCGCUCCAGCCGGCACCGCGAGCGCAUGGAACAAAUUGAGCGGGACGAAGGCCCACCCCCGGAUCGGGGGGUCCGCAGCCGUCGCGGGAGCGCAUCCGAUCUCGAGUCGGAGCCUCGGUACGUACCUUCGGACCAGCGGUUCGGACUGGCCGAAAACGCGUCCCGAGGGGGGGAGGACGAGGGGAGCUCUGGGCGGGGUACGAGGGGGCCGGAUGCGAAUGGGGGGCCGAUGAGCUGGCAGGAAAUGGCUGCGGGGGGGAGAAAAGCGGGGGAGAUGACGGAGGAUGGACGGGGGGAGGGGACGAGUCUGCCGCCGAUUGGGGGCAGGCGGAGAGAAGGGAAAGAGGAAAGGUCCCGCCGGCCGUCCGGCACGGAUGUGGACGAUCGCUCGGGUCCGAGCCACGUGGGGCAGCCCCGCCGGCGGCGCUCUUCGGGGGGGGUCGACAACGGGGCGUUUGAGGGGGUGGUCGAGGCGAUGGACAACGACGCGCUGCUGACGGCCCACGACGAGCUGAUGAAUGCGAUCAUGGAGGAGGAAGAGGAGCUGGUGGCGACGCACAGGAAGGAGAUUGAAGAAGGGAUGGAGAUCCUUCGGGAGGAGAUGAGGCUGCUGGCGGAGAUGGACAACCCCACGAGCGCGGUUGAUGUGUAUGUCAACCACCUAACCACGUUACUGGCGCGCAAAGCCACCAACCUAGCUUCAUUCCAGAAGCGACUGGCCGACUUCAAGCAGCAUCUGAAAGAAGAAGAAGUGCUGAGCAAAUCGGUCAGCAUCCGCCAACUUCAAUAGGCAAGGCCUCGCUGCCUGUUGAGAUGAUCAGCAUGCUACUUCGUACUACUGCGGUCAGCUAUACCAGGCAGGAUUGAUCCGACGCCGGCCUCUUUUGCUCUCACUGAAGGAGACACGCGGUUGGUUGAAAGGAUGAAAGACUUUCUCCUUUGCGUUUGCGGUUUGAGGGCUCAAUUAGACAAUGCGUACAGCGCAUCAAUAGGUGCAGGUGCUGAUUAACAUGACAGUAUCGAUGCUUUAAGGUGUACAUGAUACCAUGGUUCAUUCAUGGUGUACUGCUCGAUCACAAACGGC